AUGAAAAAGUUCACGCAGCGUUCAGAUCGCGUGAAGGGAGUUGACCUCCAUCCCACAGAGCCCUGGUUGCUGGCUAACUUGUACAGCGGCAAUGUAUACAUCUGGAGCACAGCUGACCAGAGUCUAAUCAAGUCAUUCGAAGUCACAGAGCUCCCAGUUCGGGCUGCCAAGUUUGUGGCGAGGAAGCAAUGGAUUGUUUGUGGGUCGGACGACAUGUACAUUCGUGUGUACAACUACAACACAAUGGACAAAGUCAAAGCCUUCGAGGCACACACAGACUACAUCAGGAGUAUUGCUGUGCACCCCAGCCUGCCCUACAUCCUGUCCUCCUCGGAUGACAUGCUCAUCAAGCUGUGGGACUGGGACAAGGGCUGGACCUGCAACCAGAUCUUUGAGGGCCACUCCCACUACGUCAUGCAGGUGGUGUUCAACCCGAAAGACACCAACACGUUUGCGAGCGCCUCGCUGGACCGCACCGUGAAGGUGUGGAGCAUUGGGCAGCCCACACCCAACUUCACUCUGGAUGGCCACGAGAAGGGCGUCAAUUGUGUGGACUAUUUUACUGGAGGCGACCGGCCGUACCUGAUGAGUGGCGCGGACGACAAGCUGGCCAAGGUGUGGGACUACCAGACCAAGGCGUGCGUGCAGACGCUGGAGGGCCACGCGCACAACGUGAGCGCCGACGGUAUGGUCAAGAUCUGGCACAGCACCACCUACCGCCUGGAGAACACCAUCAACUACGGCCUCGAGCGCCUCUGGGCCCUCGGCGCCUGCAAGGGCUCCAAUCACGUGGCGCUUGGGUUCGAUGAGGGCACGGUGCUGAUAAAGAUCGGGCGCGAGGAGCCGGUGGCGUCCAUGGACAGCAGCGGCAAGAUCAUCUGGGCGCGCCACAACGAGAUCCAGACCGUCAAUGUCAAGUCCCUCGGCGCCGACUUUGAGGACGCGGAUGGGGAGCGGCUGCCGCUGGCGGUGAAGGACCUGGGCAGCUGCGACAUGUAUCCCAGCACCCUGGUGCACAGCCCCAAUGGCCGCUUCGUGGCGGUGUGCGGCGACGGCGAGUACAUCAUGUACACCGCGCUGGCCUGGCGCAACAAGAGCUACGGCUCCGCGCUGAGCUUCGUGUGGGGCGACGACUCCUCCGUGUUUGCCACGCGCGAGAGUGGCUCCUCCGUGCGCAUCUUCCGCAACUUCAAGGAGGUCGCGCAGGUCAAGCCGGGCUUCAACGUAGAGGAGAUCCACGGCGGCACCCUGCUCGCAGUCCGCUCCGCCGAUUUUGUCUGCUUCUACGACUGGGCCACCGCCAAGUGCUGUGCAGAGUGUCUGAGGGGAGCCGCUCCUGUGCAGGUCAUCCGGCGCAUCGAUGUGCCGGCCAAGGACAUCCGGUGGAGCGACAGCGGGGAGCUGGUGGCCAUCAUCGCAGAGGCCUCCUUCUACGUGCUGCGCUUCAACCGCGACGCCGUGGAGGAGGCUGCAGCCUCCGGCGCAGAGUUCGACGAGGACGGCAUCGACGAAGCCUUUGAGCUGCAGACAGAGACGUCCGAGACUGUGCGCACAGGGCUCUGGGUGGGGGACUGCUUCAUCUACACCAAUGGGGCGUGGCGGCUGAACUACUGUGUGGGCGGCGAGGUCACCACCAUGUUCCACCUGGACAGACCCAUGUACCUGCUGGGCUAUUUGGCCUCCCAGUCCAAGGUCUACCUCAUUGACAAGGAGUUCAGCGUGAUGAGCUACACGCUGCUGCUGUCGCUGAUAGAGUACAAGACACUGGUGCUGCGCAAGGACUAUGCCGCCGCAAACGAAAUCCUGCCCCAGAUCCCUCAGGAGCAGCGCAACGCGGUGGCGCGGUUCCUGGAGGGGCGGGAGAUGAAGCGGGAGGCGCUGAAGAUCGCGACGGACCCGGACUACCGCUUCGACCUGGCAGUGACACUGGGCGAGCUGGGCACCGCUCUGCAGCUGGCUGAGCAGUCCGGCUCCGAGCUCAAGUGGCGCCAGCUCGGCGAACUCGCCCUUUCCUCCGGCAAGCUCCAGGUGGCAGAGGAGUGCCUGAAGAAGGCUGGGGACCUGAGCGGGCUGCUGCUGCUGCACACGGCCAAGGGCAGCGCGACGGGGCUGGCCGACCUGGUGCAGGCGGCUGGCGCGCAGAACCGGCAGAACGUGGUGUUCCUGUGCCAGCUGCUGCUGGGCAACCUGUCCGCCUGCGUGGACCUGCUGCUCGCCACCGGCCGCAUCCCCGAGGCCGCCUUCUUCGCGCGCACCUACCUCCCCUCUCGCAUGACCGAGGUGGUGAAGGUGUGGCGGGACGACCUGUCCAAGAUCAACGCAAAGGCAGCCGAGUCCCUGGCCGACCCCGCGCAGUACCCCAACCUGUUCCCCAACUACGAGCUCGCGCUCCACGCCGAGCAGUACCAGGCGCAGAAGCAGGCGGUGUCGAAGCCCGCGUCGGCGUUCAAGCUGCAGGAAGCGGAGGGCAUUGAGGAUCUGCUGUCCCUCAUGCAGUCCAUGAGCGUCGAUGCCGCCACUCCCCACGCCAACGGCGACCUUGCCAGCCACGCCGCCCCAGGCGCGCCCCCCUACCGCUUCAAUCUACCCUCCUACAUGGCUUUCUGCUCUGCAAAACCCAAUUUUCAAUCGACCUGGAGACCAGCUUGCUGCUGUUGUUGA